UGAAGGGCUGUAUGAUCUGUCAUUACAAUAUAAUAUUGACUUGAACAGACAUCCUCUCUCUGUAAGUGGAUUUAAAUGACCUAAACCCUACAGUGUUACUCACUGAGUGUCAUCAUUAUGCCGUAUCCGAUGAUUUAUUCCGGCAAACUGAACACUAUACACCAAUCUAAGUCCAUAAACACCUCAAAAGUGAUUUUGUGAUAUUUAAGAGCGUUUUUAUUUAGAGGCGGCGCUUGUUGGCAACAGAGUAACGUCGCAACGACACUUUUUUUCAGUCCCAGUAAAAGAGUUUGAGCAGGAACAGAGUUGUGUAUGUAGCAGGGGGGGUCGGGCUGCAUCUGGGGGGUGACUGCUGAUUUUCAGCACGUAUAUUUUAUUUAAUUUUUUUCUAUUUUAUUUUCUUCUUAUUUUCCUAACUCCGAGCAAUCAAUUGCACGCGCGCACGCCGAUAUAUUUGGACGUACAGACCUUCUUAUUGACCAUGAACAAACUCUAUGUGGGGAAUCUGAGUCCUUCGGUGACCGUGGAGGACCUGAAGCAGCUCUUCGGCGAGAGGAAGCUUCCCUUGACCGACGAGGUCCUGCUCAAAUCCGGCUAUGCCUUCGUGGACUUCCCCGACCAGAACUGGGCGAUUAAAGCCAUCGAGACUCUAUCCGGGAAAGUUGAAUUACAUGGGAAAGUGAUCGAGGUCGACUACUCUGUUCCUAAAAAACUAAGGAGUCGGAAGAUUCAGAUCCGGAACAUUCCUCCUCAUCUCCAGUGGGAGGUUUUGGACAGCCUAUUAGCACAGUAUGGUACUGUAGAAAAUGUGGAACAAGUUAACACUGAUACAGAAACAGCAGUGGUGAAUGUGACAUAUUCAACAAAAGAAGAGGCUAAAAUAGCUGUAGAGAAGUUAACAGGACAGACGUUUGAGGAUUACUCCUUUAAAGUGUCUUAUAUUUUGGAUAUGGAUGCUGCUCCACCUCUGCCUGCGACCCGGAAUCGUCGCAGUGGAAGGACAACACGGGAACAGGACUCGCAGCCCGGGACCUCUGGAGGCUACCUGGUGCCCCGACAGAAACAGCCAGACUUCCCCCUGCGUAUGCUGGUGCCCACGCAGUUUGUGGGAGCCAUCAUUGGCAAGGAGGGGCUCACAAUCAAAAACAUCACCAAACAGACACAGUCUAAGGUGGACAUCCAUCGUAAGGAGAACGCAGGAGCGGCGGAGAAGCCGAUCAGCAUCCACUCCACUCCGGAGGGCUGCUCUGCCGCGUGCCGCAUGAUCAUGGACAUCAUGCAGAAAGAGGCUGAUGACACGAAGGUAACUGAGGAUAUUCCUCUGAAGAUCCUGGCCCACAACAGUCUGGUUGGAAGACUGAUCGGGAAGGAGGGCAGGAACCUGAAGAAGAUUGAAGAGGAGACAGAGACCAAAAUAACCAUCUCCUCUUUGCAGGACUUAACUAUUUAUAACCCAGAGAGAACCAUUAUAGUGAAGGGGAGUAUUGAAGCUUGUUGUAGGGCUGAAGUGGAGAUCAUGAGAAAGCUGAGGGAAGCCUAUGAGAAUGACACUGCUGCUAUUAACCAACAAACCAACCUUAUCCCUGGGUUAAGCCUGAGUGCACUGGGCAUCUUUUCAACUGGUUUGUCAGUAUUGCCACCAGCUGCUGGGCCCAGAGGCAUCCCACCUGUAUCCCCAGCUAGCUACAACCCUUUUCUUGGUCAAUCAUCACAGCUGGGUGGGCUGUACAGUGUCCCGCCUGCUAGUGCCAUCUCUCACCAGCACACACAGGCUCCUGAACAGGAGGUGGUCUACCUCUUUAUUCCAACUCAGGCUGUUGGUGCUAUUAUUGGCAAGAAGGGCCAACAUAUUAAACAACUGGCACGAUUCGCAGGAGCGUCUAUUAAGAUUGCACCUGCAGAGAGUCCUGACGUCACUCAGAGGAUGGUGAUCAUCACUGGCCCACCAGAAGCUCAGUUUAAGGCCCAGGGCAGGAUAUUUGGGAAACUGAAAGAAGAGAAUUUCUUUUCUGGAAAAGAGGAAGUGAAGCUGGAGACACAUAUAAAAGUGCCCUCUUCAGCAGCUGGGAGAGUCAUCGGGAAAGGAGGCAAAACGGUUAAUGAGCUGCAGAACCUAACCAGUGCAGAGGUCAUAGUGCCACGGGACCAAACCCCAGAUGAGAACGAUGAGGUCUUUGUCAAAAUUAGUGGCCAUUUCUUUGCCAGCCAGACUGCACAGAGGAAAAUCAGGGAGAUCAUCCAGCAGGUGAAACAACAGGAGCAGAAGCACCAGCAAGUCGCCCCCGUGACACACAGUUCCAAGUGACCAUCAGGGCAGCCCCAGUGGGCACCUGCCAAUGAAUGUAGCCCUCCCAACUGGAAUCAGACCAGACCGGACGAAGGGGACCGGCCGGGCAGACCAGCAGCCGUGGGAUCAAAACCAAAGAACUUCUUUCUGGGGGAGAUGAAGGAGCCACAGGCAGAAGGGCUCUGAGUGCACUGCCAGCUUGGGGAGGGAGGUGGGGGGCGGGGGGGAGCAAGCGCAAGGAAGACUAGCGUUCCUUUUAUUGUUCAAACACACCCUGAGUAUGAAAAGAAUAAGUAGGGACAUCUGUUAUCGGGACGGGAAACAUCAAGGUCGCCCCACGUAACAAUGUAUUUUUUAAAUUUCUUAAUUUAGGCUUAAUCUAGGGUUAACACAGAUAAGAAGCUCCAUAAACACUUGUACACUGAUGCAUUUUGACUGAGUUGUGUUGCUGUUUUCUCGGGUAGGUAAAGUGUGGGUGUGCACUAGCAGUUGGCGACCGAGAUUUUUUUUUUUUUUUUCUGUUUUUUUUUUUUUUUUUUGAUGCCCAGAUUGCGAUUUCAACAAUCAGCAGUAUUCUCACCAGUACACUAGAACAAAUAUACUGUUAUAUCUGAAGCAGAAGCACGAUUCUUCUUGUUUUGCACAAGCCAUCGGGCAUGUAGUGCACAUAUGCGGUUGAACUGAUGUUUUUCGGAUUUCUUUGAUGAUGGGACAAGCAAGUUGGGAAAUGUUAAUGACAGAACGUUUACUCGUAUCUUAGCCUGUUUGCAUUUCGGGACACAUCACCCAGCUCAACGGAUCCUUGUUACUUAGCCUGUGCGUGCCAACAGAUGCCGUUAAAACAUUUCUUUCUGUGCAUAUCUAAUUUUUUAGCUUUUAUCAUUUGUAGUUUGUUGUUAUUUCUGUCCAGCUCUUACACUCCCUUUUUAUUUUUCUGCCAGUGUUUUUGCAGCCUCUGCAUUUAGUCAUUUCAAUGCCACCACAUUCUUGUGGCGGCAGUUAUUACGAGACGGAGUAGGUAUGUGGUAGAUGUGGAUUAGGAGUCAACACCCCUUGUUUGCUUUAGGGGGUAUGAAAAGAAUAUAAAGCAAGCACCAGCGUCUGAAAGACAGCGCACCUUUACUGGCUUGGGCAGAAGCGAAUUUGAAUGUGCACCAAGAACUCUGCCUUAAUCUAUGCUGAAAGGAAACAAAAAGAUGGGCGACUGAAAAUGUGAUUGGAGGGUCAGGUUGAUGUGGGACGAGGAGGCACCUCAUGACCUGUGGUACACACACGACCGCGUUUGGCUUUAAAUCUCUUUGUCAGGGAGCUUUCUAAACGGCAUGACAGCUGUGAAUGUACAAUAAGCAGCCUUUUAGAAAGAGAUCCACCCUGUCAUGUUCAGUAAGCUGGUUGGUCGGCAAGAUUGUUUUUUUUUUUUUACUGAUACUCUGGUUGUUUUUGGAAACAAAUAGACUGUUCCAACAGGAUGUGCAGGCAUGGAUAUCCCUUUGUGCUUUAUUUUCUUUAUUUCUUCUUUUUGACCAUGGAAGUUUGUGGCCUUAAAUGUCACCGGUCUACGUCAUCACAGACAGCUCCCUCGCCCAAUGAGAGCUAAGCCUCAUCUUCCAGACACAAGGUUUAUGCCAAUACGCACAGCUUCCAUUAGUAUUCUGUUGUGUAUAUAGAUAUAUAUAUAAAGAGAGAAGUAUUUAUGAAUCUAUUUUUUUUUUCCUAUUUUGUGACGAGAGCUAUUAAUAAGAAACAAACAGGAAAAAAAAAGUCUUUUUUGGUGGAACACUGCCAUGUUAUUCUGAAGGGAUGUGUUUAUUUUCUUGGAAGUAGACUAUGAAUAUUGGUAGCAGACUAACAGUAAGAACAGUAAUGAAUCACCGCAACACUUUGAUCAGAAUGUGAACGGUGCGCAUGUCAGUAUUGUGAUCUACCUCAUGCGUCAGGGUACCUCAGUCCAAUCUUAAAUUUCCCUUUUUUUUCUCCUCACAUUUUGUAUGCCUUGUAAACUGAAAGUUUUUCAAAUUUUCCUUUAAUUAAUAAUAAAAGAGAUCAAGAAAAAGAUCUAGUCUGAAGUCUUCAGGUCCAUCUGACAAAAACGAAUGGAUCUUAAAGCUUUCAAAACUGUAUGCAAAUUUACUGCGUUACUUCACCGAUUUCAACCUUGUGAUUUAUACAAUGUGUAACUGAGGAGUGUUUACUUGCCCAAAAGGGGUUCUGAAUGUGGAUACUAUGUACUGAUGUUUAGAUCAGUGACAAAUGGUUAUAAAGACGAUGAAUAUCAAGUAGAAUGGCUUAAUUCAAAGCAUUCUCCAGGAACAGCUACGUGGUCUGAAGCGUAAGCCAGCAUUCUCUUUACAUUUUAUAAACAUGAGUCUAAAUUCAGGAAUUACAGUCGGACCAAAUUUUUUAAUUAAGGUUUUUUUUUUUUUUUUUUUAUUAAGGCCUUUCAAAAAACAAAACCAGGUUGAUAUGAAAAAUAAAAAUAAUAAUAAAUAGAAAAAAGAAAAAAAGAAAACAUCUUUUUUCUUGAUGUAAUCCACAGAGUAACUGUUUUUUAAAAGUGUUUAUUGUAAUCCCACAAAAAUCACAAAUGCAGGUAUUUUUGUUGCCUCAGAUCUGCUGUGGAUCUGUUGCCGGUUGCAGUCUUUGUGUGUUACCGCUAAAACAACAAGGCCUAUGUCAAAUCAACAGUAGAAGGCCACUAUGUUAGGUCCAGGUGUGUGUACUUACAAUGGCUGGUUUGUCUUCACACAGUAAUUCACAUGAUUUGUCUGUGGACUGAACUGCAAGCUGUCCCACUCCAGUUUUAGUUCUAACAUUUAACCGUGUUCAAUAGAGGCGUUACUGUAGACCUGUGUAAAUUAAAUUUUUACCUACUGAAGCAACCCGUCCACACGUAUCCACAAAGAGUAGCAAAGAUAUCAGGUGCCGAAGGUGUUUCUGUUAGUAAAGGUUAGAGGCUUUUUCUAGAUCAGGUCCACUUUGGAUUUCGAACUAAUUUUUCACUCAAGAAGCCGAACUCGGAUCUUAUGGUUCUUGACUCUGUGAAGGCUUGUAGCUAGACGAGGCCGUCAUUUCCCCCGAAUGAUGCUUAAUCUCAGGUGUUUGCUCAUUGAUGGAGUUCAGGUUGUGUAGCAGUAUAACUCAGAUCACUUUGAACUGUUUUUGUAACUGUAACACACACCACGCUGUCGAUAGACACCUAAUGUUCUACAGUGGUUCUUAACUUUUCUGAAGAGUUUGUAUUUCGAAGCUUUGUCAGGUGUGCAUCAGUCUUACAUCAGUAUUUAACUUUAGGGAAGCAUUAGUUGAUACUUGCAUUAAUUAACAUCACACUGUUAUAUUGUCUCUGUAGUCUGGUAAUUAAGCAGUCUCGCUAUCCAUUAUGAUAUCCUGUAAUAUAACGCUAGGAAGAAUUGAGGUCUUUGCAUUAACUUUAGGCCAAAAAGUCAUAGCUAAUAUAAGUCGAAUGAAUCAGGUCAGUUUAGGAUAGCUGUUGGUUGUAUUGUUGGCAUGAAAUCUCAUAGUGGUUUACUUUGGCCCUGAAGCUUUUAGGGUGAAUGGAAACAAAGAAGGUGCUAUUCUAUGUUAAUUUUCUGAUAUUAGAAUAGACCACAGUCACAGCUAUAGUUGCUCACACUAUGACGGCACCGUUCUAGACAUGUUUAACUCGGGAUGAGAGCAGGAAAUCAGAGCGAUGCAUGAGAAAUCAAUGCAAAUCAUAGGCUGUGAAAACUUCUUUGCGCCUUUACCACAGCAGAUCCAUUCCUACGCAGCUCUCUAGCUUCUCACGUUAGUUCCUUUCGAGCGAUGUGAAACAGAGACUGGGCUCGCUGCACUGCCUGCCGUGUCCACUCAGCUGGAUUGUGAGGGGUGGGUGGGGGGGUGGUUGGGGGAAGAGCUAACUCAUUCUUUUUUUUUUUUGCUAACAACCAUGUUGUUUUGAAAUGUAGGUGAACUGUACUGCUGAUCAACAUGGAUUUGAGCAAUAAAAAUUCUUUAUAAAAUU